CCCAUCGAUCGAUCGAUCGAUCGCCCCCGCCGAGCCGAUCGAAGCCGAUCGGAGCCGAUCGAAGCGGCCAUGGAGACCCGCUACAACCUGAAGAGCCCGGGGAAAUCAGUAUUCCCGCAGAAGGCAUUAUUGAGAUGAAUUGGAAUUCAACUGAAGGCUUCAAUUUAAGCAGAAAUUGCUGUAGAGGCAGUUAAAUAGGAAGGAGACUAUAGCUGUCAAGCGUUUGAUGAAAGAAGCAGCUGAACUGAAAGAUCCCACUGAUCACUAUCACGCCCAGCCACUGGAGGAUAAUCUUUUUGAAUGGCACUUCACUGUUAGGGGACCACCAGAUUCUGAUUUUGACGGCGGAGUUUACCAUGGACGAAUAGUACUGCCACCUGAAUAUCCCAUGAAGCCACCGAGCAUUAUUCUGUUAACAGCCAAUGGCAGGUUUGAAGUUGGAAAGAAAAUCUGCUUGAGCAUCUCAGGACAUCAUCCUGAAACUUGGCAGCCUUCAUGGAGUAUAAGAACAGCAUUACUGGCCAUCAUUGGAUUUAUGCCAACCAAAGGAGAAGGUGCCAUCGGGUCUCUGGACUACACCCCUGAAGAACGAAGAGCUCUUGCCAAAAAGUCACAAGAUUUCUGUUGCGAAGGGUGUGGCUCGGAUAUGAAAAUUGCCCUGCUGCCUUUAACAUCGGGAAGCGACUCGAGCCAAGCUGACAAGGAAGCCAAGGAGCUUGCUAGGCAAAUCAGUUUUAAGGCAGAAGUCAAUUCAUCUGGAAAGUCUCUCACAGUGCCGGACCUCAACCACUCUCUCUCCUCAAGUGAUUCACCCCAGGCAGACACGCCUACCACAUUCCCGGAUGCUACAGCUAGUACAUCGAGAGAGGGUCAAGAGGAUGAGGACAAGACGGCCACCACCCUUCCAGAACCUCCCCCGCCAGUGCCGAAGAGCACCUCUCUGAGCCCUCGCCAACGCCGCGCGCAACAGCACAGUCAGAGAGGAGCGUCCACUUCUCCUGAGGUGAUUCAGACCCAACAGCUCGGAGCCAACCGAAACACAGAUCACGCCGGAUCGGCCGCCCUGAUCGUCAUCCUGACUUUAGCCUUGGCAGCUCUUAUAUUCCGACGGAUCUACCUGGCCAAUGAGUACAUAUUUGACUUUGAAUAAUAAUACUGCUUCUGUCGUAACAGCUGUGACUUGAACGCUUCAUUAAACAUUCUGCAUUGGCUAUAAUAUAAGAAUUGUUUACAAAGGAUUUUUUUUUUGUAUUUAUCCCCUUUUUUGGUCCUCAUGAAUGUCAGUAUAUACCUUUAAGGCACGUGACUCUAGGCGGACUUUGAUGAUAAUUGCGUCUAGAGGGAGUGUCUAGUUGUUCGUUCAAGGGGCUGAGCUCAAUGCCAGGGUUCUAGCCUCUGCCACCCCCGCACUGAUGUGCUGGAGCUGUGGAGAAAUCACUUACUCUUUAUGUGCCUCGACUUCUUUUUGUGUAAAUGUAACAUUUAGAUGUCAGUCCUUUUGAGGUCCUUGGAUAUAAGGUGUUUUCGAAGUUCCAUGUAAUGCCAGUAGUCCAGUUCCCGUGUAGUGAGCGUUAUGUUUCCAUCCAGGCAAAAUCGUGAGGGACAUGCAGAGACUUAGAGAAACCUGGGCUCUGGACACUUGCUCAAAAGGCAGUCCCGGGAGACAGAGCAGACUGGAGAUCCCUGUUCCCGAGGCUGUGGAAUUCAGGGUCCUGAAUGAAGGAGAAAGGUGACCUCAGACUGAGGCUCUUUUCACAGAAAUCUUUGCCCCGAAAUGGUGUUAAUUAAGGAAAGGAAUUGAUAUUUUGUAAUUGCUUUCAUUUAUCGAGAGAGUUCUAGGAGACAAGCCCCACAAAAUUGUGUUCCUAACUGAAAAAAGGGUUCAGACAGAACUUUUUUUUGUUGUUAGAUUGGAUAAUUCUGGAAGUUGAAUGUGUCCUCUACCAGUUGUAUAUCUUGCAUUUUACAAAUUGAUUAUAUAAACACAUGUCUAUUCUUGCAACAGUUAUUAUUAAAUAUGUAAUAUAAUUAUUUACCCAGAGCUAUUGUCUUUUAAUUAUUCCAGAAAUAUACAUAAUGCAUUAAAAAA